AUGCCGGGGAUGGCGCGCUGCGGAGGGAAUUUGUGGUCCAUGCUUGUCCAUCGCUCGCCUAGUGCGACGUUGCACGGCGAUCGGGCGUCGCCGGAAACUUCUCUUUCUCCGUCGCACAAGGCGGCGUACCUGACCCGUGACCAGGGAAGACGGUCUGCCGAGGCGUCCCAAAGCGGUGCCUUGGCUGCGUCCUCUCCCCACUCGAACGGGAAGACUCUGAACGCCAGCGGGGGCCGCGACCAGUCUUUCUUCUGGCCAGUGUUUGGCGGGUCCUCCCUCCACAUCUCGGGCAUCCUCAUCCCGUACUACAUCUGUCCCAUCCUCCCGAACUUCCCCAAGUCGUCGUUCUACUCCGACGGCGCCUUCGAACCCGGUGCAGUGGAAGGCCCGAGUGCGAGGGUGGCGCUCACAAGCCCCCGCAAACAGAGUGUGGCCUUUGAAGCGGUGGACGAUCUCCCCAUGCAGUUCGAGAGCGGGCGAAACGUCGUCUCGAGCAGGUGUCGGUCAAGAGCUGACUUGGCGCUCGGCCCGGCCGAAGCGACGCGGAGUGAGAGCCGCAGCGUCAUUCUAGGGCGCGAGAACGAGAUCCGCGCCUCCAGGUGCGAGAACAAACCGGCUUUUGGCGCCGAAACGGAUCUGCCGAGCUGCGAGUCUGCACUCGCAGCGGAGGAAGGCUCCUGUCGCGGGUUUCCCUCCGCAUGCAAUCAGGUGUCAGCCGAUCCCGUCAGCGAGCGUCCCGUUGACUCCGCCCUGCGACUUUCCUCCUCUUGGGCGUGCAGAGAGAUCGACUGUCUGACGUCGAAGGGGGGGUCCGCUCCCUCGCUCCGCGCCCGUCCCCGCAGCUUGAGUCACUUGUUUCACAGUCGGGUCCCCCGACGAGUCCAGUAUCUGCUGCAAUGGUCUAUUCCGAAUUUCCUCGUCCUCUUCAUCUUCGCCUGCGUCCUGCCGGCGUGCCUCAAGUACAGAGCCCCCAUCCACAUCGAUUUCGGUCUCCUUGUUCUCUUCCUCGCCAGCCUCCAGGGCUUUGUCGCCCUGAAGUCGCACGAGGAAGGCUCGAAGCCAGCGAGUCGCGGAUCUGCCGGGCGAGAAUCAGCGAGGCGUGCGUCGGUGGUGCGUGCCAAGCCAGCGAAAGAACCGGAAGAUAAAAAGGCAAGUUUGGAGAGCGACACGGCGCGCGACGAUGUGUGUGGUACAGCGCAAGAGCCGAGCAAACAGGGCGUGGCUGGCGAGACUCUCGCCAACUCCCUCAGUCGCUUGAUGCCGCAGGACAUGCUGUUUCAGAUGCCGGCAGCGACUUCGAUUCUCGGCAAUGACGGCAAACAGAGACGCGAAGAAAAUGGCGGGGCCCUGUCGCUCUCGCUUCCCUCAAACGUCUCGGUCGCGCAGUGUGCCCCGGAGGAAGGAUGCACCACCCGCAGUCUCGCGGACGCUUUGCCUGCUUGCGCCGAGGCAGAAUCGGAGGCGAGGGCGACGCUGAAAGAAGGGAAUGGCGUGGACAACUUCCAAGCAUCUAGCUCUCUCUCAAAGCAAGAAGAGGCUGACGGCGCCGCAGGGAAGGUCGAAAGGUGUUCGAACGCGUUGGGCGAACCGGAAGAGGAAGAACAAGGCGGUGCGGUGGAACAGAGUUGCCGCAAAACAGAGAUUGACGCUGACACACUCGCAGUCCCCCAGGGCCAUGCGCUCGUUUCGUCGGAAGAGGAAGGACAAGAGGACGGAGGCGGAGCCGGACACCACCUGCCGACAAUCUUCGAACGCUCGGAGACGCCAACAGAAGACGAGGACGCGGAAACUUUGGAGGCGGACGCUGCGUCCGUUGACCGGACGGAUUCUGUCGAAUUUGCGGCUCCAGUCGCUUGUGCUCCUUCGUCUCCGAUUUCUGUGUCGCCUUCUGUCAGCCGCGAGGUCGAUGCCGCUCUUCUGGUCUCUGGACCGUCCCCUCAGUCACAAGACUCGGAGGCGAAAGGCGAGUCGGGAAAAGAGAUGGAAGACGAAGCCGAGCAGCGUGAGGACGAGCCGGUUGCGGAGGAGCGUGAGACGAAGCUCAUCAGCGACUUGGCGUCUUCUUUCUGGGGGUCUCCUCUGUCGCGUGCGUCGAACACUCGUGGCGGCGGGAAGAAGGCGGUGUCCUUUUCCGCACUGCUAACGGAAGACGUUUCGAAAGCGCAAGUCGCGGAGCAGACGGGCGAGACAGAGCAACCAGGGACUCCGCAAAUUUCCGAGCAGACGGGAAAUGUGUCAGGAGAGGCGGCACACGAGCCCGACUUUGGAGAUGGGUUGCAGCGCUCCCACCGUGCAGCUCUCUCGCCCGCCUUGGCGCUUUUAUACGAUGACGAUGCGGUAUCCGUCUCGGAGGAAAUCUUGUCGCUGCCUUCGCCCCCGCCGUGUGCCGUGGGUUGCGAGCGGUCCCGUCCGCUCGCGACUUCUCUGGAUUUCCCCCCUCGCGGCCAGGCAUUUAUCGCGGAAGAUCUGAGAGAGGCGCCGCGCGAACAAGAAGAUGAAACCGACGAGGACGAGAUUGCCGCUAAGGCGAUGGCCACGCCGAUGCACAUUGGCGUUGACGUCGACGAGGGCGGGAUCGCGGCGAAUGUGAAGUCGUUUCGCAGCCACGCGUCUCUCUCCACCUCCUUCCUGUUGGAGAGCGAAGACGAGCGCAGCGACGCCGCGUCGGGAGUGUGUCCGGAGAAACUGGAGACGGGCGAGGACCGCCCGCAGAUCCACAGUUUGGUGGGCCGUUUACACCUGCCGCUCGCUGCCUUGGCCGAGGACGCCGAGUUCCUGAACCAAGAGGGCGAAGAUGGCGACAAGCUGCUCACGUGGAAGGCUGAAGACACCCGAAACACGACCGCAGACGGCGUGUGUGCCUUCUCGUCCGUUUCCUCCGACACGUCUCUCCUGCGUUCUCAGUCCCCGUGUACUCACGGAGUUGUCCCCUCGAUGGUCGCCCCGGGCUUUUCCGGCCCGCGCGCGUCCUUCCCCCUGAUCGCCGAGUCGCCUUUUCCUUUCGCCGGCGCUUCGACCGCCUCGCGAGAGCCUGGUCUCGCGUUCGGUGUGGAGCCGAUCGAGCGAGUGCCGCGCCUCGAGGGCCAGGUGGGAGACAGAUGUUCGGCCGGCUCUCCGGGCAUCUGGGGCUUCCCUUCUUGGCAGUCCGAGGCGUCGAGUGACCCGAACUUCCCAUUUGGAAAUCUUCCCGAGUCGCUCGCGUUGUCGCCGGCGGCCUCGCUCGCGGCCGCAGUUGCCCUCGGCGCGUUCGAGCCCUCUCGAAGCCCCGCAGGCAUCAGCGUCGAGACGCUCCUCGACCUGGACGGCGUCGAGGCGAAUCCGCGACGGAGCGUGCGCGAGGAACCCCGAGAGUGUAAGAAGGCUCUCUCGGAAGAGGAGUGCAGCGAGACCGACUCGGUGUUCGUCCGCGGCGCCCCUUUCUUCCCCGAGUCGCGGCCGGCAGGUCCGCCGCCGUUCGGGCCCAUGCACGUUUCUCCAGCGGAGAACGGCAACCUCCGCCUCGCCUCGCAGCGGCCUUCUUCGAGUCCGCCUCGGCCUCCGCCGCCUCCCGUGUCGCCAGCGCGAUCGCCCUGUCCCUCUGCCCAGCAGGACGAGGAGACGGCGCCCGUGCCGGUCUCUGCGGCGCCCGCCAACAACGCAAAGCAGCGCGUGGCUCUGCAGCACUACAUGGCCCUCGUUCGCGAGUGCCAUCGAACCAGGGACAGUCGCGGGGCGAUUCGAGUUCUCGAGCGUCUCCAGGCGGAAGGUCGCGUGGCCGCGGACACGCAGCUGCUGAACUACGUCCUCAUGGUCUGCGUGUCCGCCAACGACCGCGUGAUGACAGGUCAACUGUUCACGUUCAUGGAGACGACGGGAUGUGCGGACUUGGUGACGUACAACACCCUCGUGAAGAGUUUCACUGGGAACGGCGAACUGCACGCGGCGGAACAGGUGCUUGCGCGCAUGGAGGGGCGAGAGAACACUCUGGAGGACGAGCUGUCGGCGGCGUACGUGAGUCUCGGAAUCGAGAGCCAGUCGGAGAAGGGCGUGCUGAAGAACAGGCCGAGGAUAUCGCCGGACGAAGUCACGUUCAACCUCCUGGUCAACGCAGCUGUCAGCGCCGGAGACCCCGACAAGGCGUGGGAGUACAUUGACCGGAUCAAGAAGGCGAACCUCCGCCCGGACAAGUUCACCAUCAGCUCCAUCAUCAAGUCUCUCCAGCCGGCCCAGAACCAGCAGCACACGCGCCGCGCGUUCGAGUUGAUGGACCAGAUUGACGCGUGUGAAGACCUCGUCCUGUUGAGCACCUGCAUCGACGCGUGCGCGCGACUCGGUGACCUCGACCGACUUGGCGCGCUGCUCUCGCGCUUUGAGAAGUCCGACCUGCAGCCGAACGCCCACGCGUACGGCACGCUCAUCAAGGCGUACGGGAAACUCGGGAACGUGGCACGGGUCUGGGAGUUGUGGACGGAGCAGCAGCGCAGCGGCGUGGAGGCUUCCAACUACACGCUCGGCUGCAUGAUCGACUGUCUCGCGAGCAACGGGCUGAUGGCCGAGGCCGUCGACCUCUUCGACAAGAGCGUCGCGGCAGGCUCUGCCGACGCCGUCCUCUUCUCCAUCUUGGUCAAGGGCUUGGCCCGGUUCCGGAACCGCGGUGUGGAAGUCGCCCUCGGCGCGUACCGCCGCCUGAAGGAGAGCGACGCGGUCCCCGGCGCCGCAAAGGCCAGGGGGAACCCGUCCCCGAGUCGGCUCGGUGGCGUCGCGGAGGCGCGCGAGAGUCGCAGGCGCGGCGACAAGCGACUGGGAAACGAGAAGGGCGGGGCUGUGCGCGCCCCGGCCGACGAGGACCAGACCUGCUACAUGAAGGCACUGAACACCAUCUCGUUCAAUUCGCUCCUUCACCUAUGCGUGAGGUCGGGGCGGCUCGCCGACGCCCUCGAACUCUUCAAAGACAUGCAAUCCCACCCGCAUGCGCAGCCGGACCUGAUCACCUACAGCACAGUCAUCAAAGGCCUUUGCUGUUCGUCCAAGGAGCACGCGCUCGACGCCGCCCUCGGGCUCUUUGAGCAAAUGCAAAAAGACGCAAAGAUCUCUCCCGACGCGAUCGUGUACAACACCCUCAUCCAGGGCGCCGCCACCCGACGAAACGUCACCCUCGUCGAGUCACUCCUUCUCCACAUGCUCCAAAACAACGUCAAACCGAGCAGCUACACCCUGUGCCAAUGCGUGAAGCUCUAUGGCAAGUGUGGCGACCUCGCUCGGGCCCUCGAGCUGGCGCUGGAGCUUCCGCGCCGCUUCAACUUCGCCAUGGACAGCUACGUGUACACGGCGUUGAUCGCUGCAUGCACUCACAACCGGGCGCCGUUUUUGGCGGCCACGCUGGCGCUGCAGGCUACCCAGGAGAACCAGGAGUUGCCGCCGGCUCUGUUGUUGCGGUUGGCGAAUCACCUCCAGCAGCAACGCGACCUCGCCGAGAGAGAAGCGAUGAAUUCGAGUCUCCGCAACUUGCCGUUGCUCAAGAACUUGUGCCUCAGCGAGCCGACUGGGAAGGCCCUUGGUCUCUUUGGGCGCAGCCUGUCCCCCGCGGAUGAGGCUAAGACGACCGUGGACGCCAUCAUCAGAUUGCUCAAGCGCGCAGUUGGAGCCGUUGGGUGUGCUCCCGGGGCGAAGGAACGCGGCGACGAGUUCGCGUCGCUGGUGCACACUCCUUUUCCCGGCGAGGGCCAGAAGGAGGCUGUGCCCGGGGGCUUCCCGAACGGCCGGAAUGCCGGGGCUGCGAACAGCAAGCGCUCGAAGCGCGGCACUGCCCCGCCUCCUGCAGACAGAGAGCGAGGCGAGAGAAGUGAAAAGCAAGGGGUAUUCGGGACGACCAAGCGAAAGGCGGGCAGGGGCCAGGAGAGUUGCGAGGACGACGUCUACGGCGUAACUGCGCACGUCAACGUGCGCGGGUUCGUGCGGCAGGGAAGCGACAACUCCCACAAAGGGUACCCCCCUCAACGGAGACAGCCUGGAAACGCUGGGCCGCCGCCCGCGUACGGAAAGGGCCCGGCGCAUGCACCGAGGGCGGGCGGCAUGCCCCGUGGAGGCGGCGGCUUUGAGAGAGGCGUCAGCUGGCAAGCGAACCAGGUCGAGGCUGACGUGCCCCUGAACUUUGGCUGCGACGGGAAGCGCCACGUCCAGGCCAAACACGGCAACGGGGCGUCUUCGAGCGCAAUCACGGCGGUCGGCAUCUCCAAGGAAGCAGCAAAGGGUGGACGGAAGGGACCCUCGGGCGGCCGAGGCGCCGGACGCAACUCGGGGCGCGCUUUCGAUGGCAGGACAACUGGUCUCCCGGACAAGGCCGAGAAUGUGUGCAAAGAGAAGGACUUUCGCAGCCGCAUGGGGCAUGUGUGCCUGCACUCGCACGCAAGCUUGUGA